GGGAAAGUGAGGAAACGACGUUUUCCAGCCGUAGGAGCAGGGCACUGUGGUUAGCGGUUGUGAAAGGUGAUGAAACGCCGUGAGAAAAUGGAUGGAAAGAGGUACGGCGGAGGCACGCACCUGUAGACCUUCGAUCGGCGCAUGUUCCACACUGACAGCGCAUCAGAUGGACUCGACUGAUCUCUUCUCACGCAAGCACACAGGUUCGGUGCUCUCUUUGUUGAAUCAAUUCUUGAGUAUUCGAUUGCAGGUGAGGAGUGUGUGUGAGUAAUGGCAAGCGGAUCGUACUCCACAGAGUUCGGCGGCGGACUGUGGCGCGGCCAUGGCGACUACAUGCGCGACAAGAACGACAAGAUCAAGGCGCAGCUGGACCAAAGAUACGCCGGCGACAUGAAGAGCAACAUCUUCCAGGUCGGUGCUGUGCUGGAUGCGCGGACAGACAGGCAGACAGACAGACAGAUGGCAUGCACAGCACCCUUACCGACAGGCAGAUAGAUGCAAUCAAUACACUCGACCGCAAGUGCGGGGCUGCAUCGUCCGCACCACGGAGUCGGUGUAGGGGGUGUCGGUUGUUGUGUGUGCUAAGGGUGUGAUUGCCCGCAUUGAUGGCCACACGGAGCUGAAUGAUUUCGAAAUCAAGAGACUCAUCACACAACACGGUGGACAAAUGGUAGGCAGGCACCAGAGCAGCCCUGGCUGACGGACUUCUUCUGUCUGUCUGUCCUUCAGGAGCAGUACGACGUAAGGAUGUUUCCUUCAGUUCAGCCGAUGUCAUGUGGUCUGUACAUCGAUGUGUGUACCGUACGUACGUGUCUGUCUGUCUGUCUGUCUGUCUGUCUGUCGCGGUGUAAUGGUUGUCUUGCAGGAGAAGCGCGUGACUCACCUCGUAGCUGACAACCUGGCGAUGGGUAAGACAACAGCCUGGUCCUUCCUUCUUGCUCACUUAUUCCUGUUCACUGACUGACACUUUCUCUGGUUGCUGUCUGUCCUGGAUUGGAUGUCCACGCAGGCAAUCAGCGUUGGCGUCACUACCGCGACAAGCCCACCUCCAAGUUUGUGGUGGUCAAGUCGUCAUGGGUGGCAGAGUCAGUGGCGGCCGGCAGGCGGCUGAGGGAGGCAGACUUCAAGCCCGAUAUCCUCCAUCAUCAGGGCCAGGGCAGCCUCAAGGGGUUCCUCCAGCUACCCAAAGCACAACCACAACCACAACCGCCCCCAGUCGUCAAGGACAAUCCCCCUGGUGGUGCCGCCGGUGGUGGUGUGGAGGAGGAUGGUUCAGCGCGCAUAGAGAUAGACGAUGAUGCGGCACCGCCAGUUCCACCGCCACCAGCUGCUGCUGCUGCUGCUGGUGCUGGUGCUGGUGCUGGUGCUGGUGCUGCCGGUGCGAGUCGUGCAGUGAAGCCCCGGCCGUCGAGGGGCCGGCUUGACGCUACUGAUCCAGGUUUUGUCGAUAACUUUUUCAAAUCAUCGCGAUUGCACUUCAUCGGGUAGUCCGUCCGUCCGUCAUAGUGUACGUAUUGUGGGUGUGCGGCAGGCUCUCCUCUCCGUCCAUGUGUGUAUGUGCUGUGCAGGACCUUUCGGAAUCGUGUGAAGGCCAAGUACACGUUCGACGCCUUUGUUCCCGUGCCGCCUCCGUCGCAGCUGAGUUUGCUGAGCAUGAGCACCGCACGCAGGACCAUCCUGUACCUUCACGUUGACUUCGACGCAUUCUUCACCAGCGUUGCGCUCAGAAGACACCCCGAAUUCAGAAACGAGCCUGUAAGUCAAAUCGGGAGGGCCCGCACAGCAUUAACAUACAUACCCAUACGUACGGAGCCAGAUGCGGCAUGCAGUGUGGUGUGUGUGGGGGGGGAUGUGUGUGCGGUGCCUGCCAGGUGGCGAUAGCUCAUGGCAGCGCGCGGCCGAACAGCUCCAGCGAGAUAUCAUCAUGCAACUACAUAGCCAGACAGGUCAGUCAACAAACACCACUCUGUUUGGGAGGGAGGGCACGAGGGACCGGAUGGAUGGAUGGAUGGAUGAUGCCUUUCCUGGCUUGUGUGGUGUGGGUGCAUACUUGCAGCGGGGCGUGACCAAGGGCAGCUUCAUGUCGUCGGCACUGGAGAAGUGUGAGCGACACACGCACACACACACACACGCCCCGACGACCGACAGGCGGCCAUCUAUCCUUUCCUCCCUCCCCCUGUGUGUGCCGUGCAAUAUGCAGGUCCCGAGUUGAAGGUGUUGCCGUAUUACUUUGAUGACUUCGAGUCGACGAGCGAGGUGCUGUUCGAACACCUGAUGCAGCUCUCGAGGAGAAUACAGCCACUAUCAUGUACGCACACACCUGCAGUGGGGGGCGGGGGGGUUGGCGAUAUGAACGAAUGACUGUCUGUCUUUCUCCCUGUCUGUCUAUCUGUCUGUCUGUUUGCAGGUGACGAGGUGCGUGAUUGAUGCGGUGCAAUCCACCCCCAUUCUAUGUGAUUGGAUGCAGGCGGUGGUGCAGCUUGUGGGCGACGACGAAUGCGCCGACGUGCAGCAGAAAGCCAAGCAACUCCGUGAGCGCGAGGCACAGCACGCCUCUCGCUGACCGUGUCGGUCGCAUCUUGGUGUGUGUGUGUGUGUAGGUGAUUCUGUGCACAGCAAGACCGAGUGCUGGGUGUCGAUUGGGAUCGGCGACAGCCCACUCAUCGCCAGGUAGGUAGGUACCCAUCGAUGGACGGACGUGAUGUCGGCAACAUACCAACCAACAAACUCACACACGCAUAGCUAUGCAUGCACUGUCCAUCGACACACAAAUCUGAUCUAUCUGCCUGUGUGUUUCGCUCCCUGUGUGUGUGUCAGGGUAGCCGCGAGUUACGCCAAGCCCGACAAGGGGUCGUCGGGUGUGGUGUUGGUGGAGCCCAAACAGUCCAAGGACUUCAUGGCUACCGUCCCACUGAAGGCCAUCCCGGGCAUCGGUAGGUACAUGCCCGUGCAUUGACUACACCUGACAGCCCAAUGCCUCCCUCCCUCCCUCCUUCCUUAUCCUGCUGUGCGUGGCGUGCUAUCGUAUUUCUUUCUUUGCAGGUCCUGUGAUGCUGGAGAAGCUGCAGAGUCUCGGCUGCAACACAUGUGAGCGCAAAGGGAGCAAGGGAGGGAGGGAGACACACGGACGGACGGACGGACGGACGGUAGGGAACAAAGACAGACAGACAGACAGACAUGACACGACCUGUUGUUUGUUGUGGUGGAUCAGGCGAGGACGUGCGGCGACAGCGGACAGAAACCGACCUAGUGACCACCCUAGGUAGGUAGGUCGGCCAACAGAUGGAACAGCAGACAGACAGACAAACAGAGAGGUAGAAGGGCCGUCUGGGUAGCUGGCCGGCCGACACUGGUGGGUAUGUUGUGUCUGUCGUGUUUGUGUCUUGUAGGCAAGGUGAUGGGUUCCCGUGUGUGGGCAGCGGCUCAUGGCAUCGACAACCGACAGAUAGGCAGCACAGGUCGGGUCGGUGCAUGGGCGGGUGGGUACACAGGCAGAAUACAGACAGACAGACAGGCAGCUAUCAUUCUGUGUCGUGUCGUGUCAUUUUGUGUGGUCCAGAGGCCUCCGGUGCUGGCACUGGCGCGCAGAAGUCGAUCUCUGUGGCCGUCAACUGGGUGAGGGAGACAGACCCACACACAGCUCGACGGACAGACCCAUGCUCGACCUGUGUGUGUGUGUGUGCCGCCGACACCCUCAGGGUGUGCGUCUGAGUACGGAUACCGACCUGGAUAAGUUUCUGGCGAGCAUCGCGGCGGAUGCGAGCAAGCGGCUGGAGGAGAGGGGCUUCCUGACGCAGGCUGUUACCUUCAAGCUCAUGCAGCGACACCCUGAGGCACCCGUAGAGCCCCCAAAGGUAUGCAAAUACAUCACUUCCAUGUAGGUGUGUGUGUGUGAAUGCGUGUGUGUAUGUCUGCCUGAAGUUCCUGGGUCAUGGGAUGUGCAACGAGCUCACCAAGCGGCAUGUGCUGCCCGAGUCCACUGCGUCGGCCCACCGCAUCCAGAUGGCCCUCCGCACCAUCUGGGACGACGAAUUCGCCAAGAAAUGCCCCAUACACGAGAUUCGAGGCCUCACGGCCAUGCUGGGGAAGCUCAAACGCAAGACCUCCCCAGCACCAGCACCAGCACCAGCACCAGCACCAGCACCAGCAGCAGCCAGGGGAGGCGGUGGUGGUCGUGGGCCGCCGAUGCUCACAGACCUCCAGGAGGGCUUCUUACGCAACACAAGGCGCAAGGUCAACAUGCAGCAGGGCAGCAAAGGUGCCCACAUCGGCGGCCCUCGUGACGUGGAGUCAAUCGAUCUGGCUGCGGAAGAGGUUCGCAUAGCACCCCUACGUGAAUGAACACACCACGGGAGCCCAGCCCAGUAAGUAUCAUCCAUCUGUGUUGGCUUCCUUCAUUUGGCAUCCAUGUACAGGAUGCUGAGUGCGCGCCUGCCGUCCCACCCAGUGCCUUCAGCCCGCGUGUGUCUGUUGCUGCUGGUGCUACUGCUGGUGGUAGUGGUGGUGCGGCAUGCGCCCAGCCGUCCGUCCCCCCGGCCCGUCGGUACCACCACCUCGUUGACGUCUAUGUCAAACAGGGAAGCUCGGCCCUGCGGUUCCAGACGGCUGCAGAGGAGGCGAUCAUGGGCUGCGAGACGCUCGACGACAUCCGGCGGGACAUGCCGUAUGAUGACGAUGUCUGGCGGGCGGUGCUCAGCCUCGCCAAACGACUCGGGCGCUCGUAGCCUGCCUGCCUUCAUGGCUAGUUGUACAGCUGCAUGCCGGUGGACCAUCGUGGCACUGAUACGUGGCCUGCAUGCUCAUGCACGUUGGAUCUCUGCGGGGUCCCUCGCAAUAUAUGUGUGGUGCAAACAACGGUC